GGCGCUGUAUUUUGCACUUGGCGCUGUCAUAUUGGUAGAUUUCAAAAUUUUCUAACUUUUUAAUUCUAUUAUUCUAUAAUAGGCUAGUCAUUUAUAAUAGUAACAAUUAUUAAAAAUGUCUGAACAAGCUGAUUGGGCUAGAUACGUUUCGGAGACCGAAAAAAAGAUAGGAGCCGUUGAAAUAACCAAAACCGACGAAACUGUUAACAAUGAAGCGGAUCCCGAUAAAUCCAACUUAGCAGAAGCAUCUUUGUUGGCCAAAAUCAUAAGAAAGGGUUUGGUCGAAAACAAGAAUGAUAUCGAGAUUCAGAGGCAAGACCCCAAGUCCCCGCUCUAUUCCAUUAAAACUUUCGAAGCAUUGGAUUUAAAUGCCAAUCUUUUGAAAGGUGUUUAUGAAAUGGGAUUUAACGCACCGUCUAAAAUUCAAGAGACCACUCUACCCGCUCUAUUAGCCGAUCCUCCUCAAAAUUUGAUUGCACAAUCUCAAUCCGGAACGGGCAAAACAGCUGCAUUUGUACUUGCCAUGUUGUCUCGAGUAGAUGUUACCAAGAAAUAUCCUCAAGUAUUAUGUCUUUCGCCUACAUACGAACUGGCCAUACAAACAGGAGAGGCUGCUGCCCAUAUGGCCAAGUUCUGUCCGGAAAUCGAAAUGAAAUUCGCCGUAAGCGGUGAGCAAGUACCGAGAGACACCAAGUUGACGGAACACAUCAUAAUCGGUACGCCGGGGAAGGUGUUGGAUUGGGGAAUAAAAUUCAGAUUCUUCGAUCUCAAGAAACUUUCGGUGUUUGUGCUUGACGAAGCCGAUGUAAUGAUCUCGAUACAAGGCCACCAAGACCAAUGUGUAAGGAUUCACAAGAAUUUAGACCAGAAUAAUUGUCAAAUGAUGUUUUUCUCGGCGACUUACGAUCAAGAAGUGAUGGGUUUCGCUGAACACAUCGUCAAAAAUCCGAUUAUAAUUAGAUUGAAAAGGGAAGAAGAAAGUUUGGAUAACAUCAGACAAUAUUACGUUAGAUGCAAAAAUCAGAGUGAUAAGUACCAUGCCAUUACAAAUAUCUAUGGUACAGUAGGUAUCGGGCAAGCUAUAAUAUUCUGUCAAACGAGGAAAACCGCCGCCUGGCUGUCGGCCAAAAUGUCAGAGGACGGUCACGCAGUAGCUGUACUAUCUGGAGAUCUCACAGUCGAUCAAAGAAUCAGCGUUUUAGACAGGUUUAGAGAAGGAAAGGAGAAGGUUUUAAUCACUACUAACGUUCUAUCGCGCGGGAUCGACGUCGAACAGGUCACGAUAGUGGUUAAUUUUGAUUUACCCGUACUGAACGGUAAACCCGACUGUGAGACUUACCUUCAUAGAAUCGGAAGGACGGGAAGAUUCGGCAAAAGCGGUAUCGCUAUAAAUCUGAUAGAUUCCGAAGAAACUAUGAACAUUUGCAGAGCUAUCGAAAAUCACUUUGGUAAAAAAAUUCAACUACUCGAUGCGGAAGAUUCUGAUGAAAUCGAAAAAAUUGGAAACGGAAAUUAAUACUUCUCGAUUGUUUAUUUUUUUUUGGAUCGUUUAAUGUUUCAUUUAUAUUUUUAAAUAAAUAAUGUAAGGAUA